GGUAAUGAUACUACAAGCAGCAUAGAGAACUGUGCAGUAAAAACGGUGAGGGUACCAUAGACGUUUCUUUUACAAUUUUUGUAACGAAGAAAAAUGUCGAAGCGAGGUCGUGGUGGUUCAGCAGGAGCGAAAUUUAGAAUUUCCGUUGGUCUCCCUGUCGGGGCUGUUAUUAACUGUGCCGACAAUACAGGGGCCAAGAAUUUAUAUGUCAUAGCUGUACAAGGUAUUGGUGGUCGUUUAAAUCGACUUCCCGCCGCUGGUUCUGGCGAUAUGAUUGUGGCAACAGUGAAAAAAGGUAAACCAGAACUAAGAAAGAAGGUAAUGCCAGCAGUUGUUAUAAGACAGCGGAAGCCGUUCCGUAGGAAGGAUGGUGUAUUUAUUUAUUUUGAAGACAAUGCUGGUGUUAUAGUAAACAACAAAGGGGAAAUGAAAGGUUCGGCAAUAACUGGACCUGUUGCAAAGGAAUGUGCAGAUUUAUGGCCGAGAAUUGCAUCAAAUGCUAGCAGUAUAGCUUGAUAUAUUUUUCUCUUUUGUUAAUUUUACUAUAAAACUAAAAUAAUAAAAUAGUGUCCAGAA